UUAACUUUGAAUAAUUAAAAAAAAAUUAUCGGAUAUUUUCAUUCGCUUGUUGAAAGUUUUUCGAAGGUGUUUAGUUAUCUUUAUACAAAUAUUUGAAAUUGAGCAUCUUUUUUGCAAUGUUUUACAAUUUAAAUAAUUCAAAAGACUUAUGUAACCAAAAAAAACUUAUUUUAAAUAGAUACUAUAGAAACGACAUAAUUUAAAUUCGAAAAAGACGCGAAAGUGUCGUCUUUCAUUGCUCAUAUUGGGCUGACAUUAGUGGUCGCUUUAAGCUUGGAUGAAUUCCCACAACAAGUCAAAUUCAAAAUCGGUGACAUCAGACACUUUGGUUUCAAAUGAAUAGAUCGCGCAUAUGAGCUGAAAAUAAGCACAUCGCACAAAACUGUGCGAAAGAAAAAAGAACAGAAGAAAAGAUACAAGUGAUAGAGAGGGUGAAAAUAAAAAAAAUGUAACUAGCGUGUGCAAUAAUAAUUUCCCCUAAACUACAAAAUUUUAGUGCAUCCGUAUUACCGUUGGAAAGCCAUUGGAAAUUGAAGUCAUAAACUAAGCACAAUAAUGUGAUUGUCGCAAUAAGUCAUAAACAUUUUCCUCAAAAUAAACCUAGUCAUUUGUCAAUUUAUUGUUGAUUUUUCCAAAAUCUUGUAAAAGCUGUUUCGUUUCCAAAAUAUACGCGAAGUAUGCAACAUUUCGUUUAAAAUUGAAUUUAUGUUGAAUCAGUAAUCUAUUGCCAUAUAGCGCUAUAGAGAGAAAUAUUGUAAAUUUGAGUGGAAAAAAAGAAAGGAAAGAGGUAGCUAUAAAAAAUAUAAAGAAAUAUCUAUACCUAUAGCACAUUUUGAACAGAAGUUAUGAUUUAAAUAUUUUGUGUCACUACAUUGUUAUCUAUAACCAAAAGAGCACCAAAGAGUUGUGAAAUGCCAAAUAAGUUCCACUGCAAAAGAUGUUCGCUAUUCUCAAGAAAAAACCAUUUGCGAUUAUUUUUCUGCUGUCAUGUUUCCAUAACACUUACGUUGAAGCAAAAAAAAAUUAUACAUUGAGACCAAGGGUGGUUCUACCAGACAGUUAUGUUAAAGAAGUGCGUCCGCCAAAUAAAAAGGGAUUGCCCGUUGUUGUUAAGUUUAGCGUUUACGUUGUAGAUAUUAAUUCGAUAAAUGUUGAAGAUAUGGACUUUCGUGUAGACAUGUUCAUACGUUCACAAUGGAAGGAAUCUCGAUUAAAACUUCCGAACGAUAUAUUUGAAGAAGGUGAUGAUUUUGUGAUACUUCCUCAAGAGUUUUUUGAGAAUUUAUGGCAACCUGAACUGCAAAUUCAAAAUUCAAAAAUCGCAGAAAUUGCGACAUUGACGCACAAAUUUUCAUCCGUUACAUUAUACAAAAACAAAACAGUACGUUAUGCAGCCCGCAUGCAUGCAAUAAUCGCGUGUCAAAUGGAAUUUCAGCUUUAUCCGAUGGAUAUUCAAUCGUGUCCGAUCUAUAUUGAGAGCUUCACAUAUCCAAAUCAAAAAGUCCGAUUGCAGUGGGACGAUGCCGGUGUCGUUUUAAAUCCAGAACUGAAAUUACUGCAGUACAAUUUGGGACAACCGCUCGAAGUAGCCGAAAGCUUUGGAUAUAUGCCCGAGAAACAUGGUAAUUUUUCACGUCUCACAGUAAAUUUUCGCUUCGAACGACAAAUUGGCCAUCAUUUAAUUCAAACCUUUGCUCCAUCAACUUUGGUCGUCAUGUUGUCUUGGUUUUCAUUUUGGUUAGGUUUAGACGCGAUUCCAGGACGUGUGACUCUUUUGGUGACAUGCAUGUUAACAUUGGUUACAAUGUUCACGGGUUUAAGAGCCGAUAUUCCUCCUGUAGCUUACAUAAAGGCACUUGAUUUAUGGAUGGCUGGUUGUAUGAUCUUCGUGUUUGCUGCUCUUGGUGAAUUUGUAGUCGUUAAGGUCCUCGAUGUUCAAUAUCAAUAUCAAAUAAAUCGUGUUCCAAAAGUACUGCCAAUGAGAAUUAGUGCAAUGGAAAAAGGUCAAUGCCCCACCAUGGUGGCUACGUGGGAAAGCGGAAAUGUUCGAUCGCGAAAAGCAACGCCAACUACUGCAACAACCCCUGGACAGCGUUGGGCUGUAACCGUUUCACUUGGUUUUAGCAGCUCAUAA